UUUUUUGCAAUCAGUAAUUAAAACGAUAUAAUUGUUUAUUUAAUAAUUAUUUAGAAAUAAAAGGUAAACCUAAAUAUGGGAUGUAGUUCUUCUUAACCAAGAAUAAAGAAAUUCCGUGAUUUCAUUAGAGUAGGUUAUUUGUAAAGUAGAUCUGUAUCAAGUAAAAGUGAAGGAAAUGUAUAAAGGGAUAAAAGCAAAUCAUACUAAGGAAAUAAUACAACAAAUUAAAAUAUACAAUAGAUAAACUAGUUUGAUGAUUAGUAAGUAAUCAAAGGAAGAGGAUAAAACUUCAAUAAGAUAAAUGCAAUUAAAGUUUCUUAUACAGAUAAUAUCAUUUUAAAUAUGGAAGUAGCUUAUGAGCUAGAUGAUGGAUCUAUAAUAACUGGAGAAUCUAGUCGUGUUUAUGCUGAAAAUAAUAUAAAAUAAACUACUUAAAAAGAUUAAAAAUGCGUAAAGAGUAGGGCUAUUUCUGAAUGUAGUCCAAGAAAUCUAUAAAGAGAAUAGUUUGUUCUACCUAAUACAAAGGUAUGCACAGAAGUCUUUGAGAUACUCCAAGAUGAUUAUUUAUUUGAGAUAUCUGGUUCAGCAAAUAGCUGCUAUGUUGAACAAAUAAAAUUUAAGACUUAUAGAGGUUUUGAAGGUAUUUUUGGAGAGAAAAAAAGUGGAAUUUAAUUCAGUUUCAAAGAACAAGGUUAAACAUUUGGUCCUUUCAGUGGAGCAUUCAAGUAAAGCAUAGAUUUGAAAGUUUUAGCUAUGUUUGAAUUUAAAUUAGUAGAAACUCCUUCAGAUUUUUUAAUCAGUUUACAUAAAAGUAAAAAAAGAGAACUUUAUGCAAAUUAAGUCUCCUCUGAAUAGACAAAGUAACAUUAAAAUAAAAAGUAGCAAUUCUAAUUGUAAAGCUCUUGA